AUGGCGUCCACUGGACAUGGAGAAGACGGCGAGGAGAUGAAGAGAGAAGGAGAAAAGAGGAAGAGGGACGAGGAUAGCGUCACAGGAUUCAAGAAGAUCAGGAAGAAGAGGAGAGGACCAAAGACUAGAGGAGUGGAGGAUGUGAAGCCAAAACUUGGGAGCAACCAAGACCUUGCAACAUCCAGCCCCUACCCUGCCAGGCCUACCAUCCGCCGCUUCACCAUCCACCAGGUCUUGGGUAGGGGCAGCUUUGGCAAAGUAGUUCUGGCAUCAGUCCCUGGCCACAACACCUACAUGGCCAUCAAAAUUAUCACCAAAAAAGGGGACAAUGAAGAUGCAAUAAUGAGAGAGAGGCGGAUACUCCUUGCGGCCAGAGACUGCCCAUUCCUAAUCCACCUCUAUGCCGCACAGCAGUCUCAGGAGCGCACGUAUUUUAUUACGGAGUAUCUGUCCGGGGGCAGCCUGGAUGAUUUGAUCAGCAUGUGCGGCUGCUUGGACAUCAGCAAUAUCAGAUUUUACACAGCAGAGAUUGUAUGUGGCCUCCAGUUCCUCAGUGGACGCAACAUCAUCCACCGAGAUCUAAAGCCGGAUAACAUCAUGUUGGAUGCAGACGGCCACAUCCGUAUCAUCGACCUCGGGCUGGCCCAAGAUGGUGUCACCACCUCCGAUAAGAUCUAUGGAGUGGCGGGAACCAUCCAUUACAUGGCCCCUGAGAUGCUUCUCAAAACAGGAUAUGGCGCAGCAGUUGACUGGUGGAGCCUGGGCAUUGUGGUGUGCAGAAUGGCAGGAUGCCCCCCAUUUUACAACGGCCCUGUCAGAAAAAUGGCCCAGGACGCCAUCAUCAGUGAGAAGCCAUAUAUUCCAUCUUGGUUUGAUGCUGACUUGAAAGAUCUUGUCAAAAAACUGCUGUGCCAGAAUCCUGAGAAGCGUUUGGGUGUGUGCGGGAACAUCAGAGAGCAUCCAUUCUUUUCCACCAUCGGCUGGGAGGAACUGGAGGACAGGAGAGCACAGCCACCAUUUACACCAUGUGAGUCAGUUCUGGAGAAGCAACAUCUGCAGUGGCCGGAGGAUAAGAGAGCCCUUCACCCCGUGGCCGAAUUUAACUAUAUGUCACCAAGCUGGGCCCGGUUAAUGAGAACAUCUGGACUGUGAAGGAAUCCACGACCAUCUGGAUAUACCCGUGCCUACUGCCCAGAACUUCAUGCCUCCUGACCUCAUAUCUCUGCUAUGUAUGCAAGGCUGCCUUAAAAAAAUCCUCUCUCUCCUUACCAUCUUCAUUCUGCACCUUUGCCAUUGUGUUGCUGCCCCAAGCACUUGA